AAUCAAUCCUGUUGAAAAAAAUUAAAGUACCGUAAUCGAAUAUUCAUUAAACACCUAAAUCAAUUAUUAUAUUUCUUAUCUAAAUUUAUAUAGUCAUGUCUAAGUUAUAACGUUCAAGAAGCCAUUUUUUCCUAAAAUAAAAGUCAUUAAGUAUCGUAAUAAUAUUAUUAAAUUAGAUACCGUAUAAAUUUUCCAAGAUAAAGCAGAAAAGGGAAAUCCGUCUUUUCAACUGAAAACCUGUAGGCCUAUUUUACAGCUGGUAUUAUCAAACAACUCAGUUCCAAAGUUGAAAAUUCAAUUCAUCACAAUAACCUAAAUAUUUAUUUAUAAAUUCUAGUUGAAAAUAUAUUUACAAUGUUUAGAAUUUUAAAUUUGAGAAGCAACUAUCAGAAAAUAAUCAAGCCUAUGAUAUACCGAUACUCAUCAAAGCCUAGAAAUAGAUUGGAAGGAAUAAAAUUCGAAUAUCCAGUGCCCGAGAGCCGGUUCGAAGAAGUGGUCAAUCUAUUUCGAAAUCAUUUCUAUGUUGACGAACCGCUGUUAGCCGCUUUGAAGCUUUGCAAGCGGGGUGAACCCCAGCCCGAGAUGGAUGACUAUUGCAUGAAAAACUUGAAAGAAGGGUUUAGUAUUGCGGCACUUGACGAGAAAACUGAUAAGGUGAUUGCAACCGUAAUGAAUGGAAUCAUUCACGAUUGUGACCCAGACGAUUUCAACGAGAAGCUUGAAACAAUGACUGGGAAAAUAAAGGAGAUUUUCAAGCUGCUCUACUAUUCCAAUCAGCACUUGGAUCUUUUCUGCAGAUACAACGUGGAAGAAAUCUUCGAGAUUCGCCUUCUUUCGGUGGAUUCUAAAUAUUUCGGCAGAGGACUAGCCAAGGAGUUGAUCAAGAGAAGUGUGGAUCUGGGGCAGGAAUCUGGCUACCGGUACGUGAUAGCAAAGGCCGAUUGCACAGGAUUCUUUUCGCAGAAACUUCUUAGCGGUUAUGGAUUCCAGAAAAUCCACGAAAUCAGAUACUCGUGCUAUAAAGAUAAAUAUAAGAAUGUGAUAUUCAGAACAGCGCCACCUCAUGAUACAUUGGCUGUCAUGGUUAAACAAUACCCUGAUAACAGGUGCUUAAUAUGA